UUCAGCCUCCCUGCCUGCGUCCGGACUGAAUACCAUGGCUCCGUGGACGGCUGCGCUGCUGCUGCUGCUCCACUGCGGAGUGGGCAUCUCUCUCCCUGCCCCCACCAACGUGUCAAUCACCUCGGUCAACUUGGAACACACUCUGCACUUCCUGCCCGGGUCUGAGACCCCAGGUCACACACACUUCAGGAUUCAGGUGAUGAAAGUCCGGAAGAGCGUGUGGAAGCCAGCAGCUCGUUGCUCCAGCCUGGAGCCCGGCCAGACCUGUGAGCUCAGCGGCCUCAUGAAGGACCCCUGGGCCCGCUACCAGGCCCGCGCCCAGGCCUACAGCCCCGCCGGCAGCACCUCGGACUGGGCUACCUCGGGCCUCUUCCAGCCCAUGACCCACUCGGCUGUGGGGCCCCCUGACGUGUCGGUGGCCGGCUGUGGGAACUGCCUGGUGCUGCAGGUCCGACCUCUGACCAGCAGGUGGCAGCAGCUGGAGCGCUACAGACACAUGUUGCUGUCUGUACGCAGGACCCGGGACGGAGUACAGUUCCACAUGUCUGUCGACUACGAAGAGAAGACUGUGAUUGGCUACCUGGAGCCCGGGGUGGAGUACUGUGUGAUGGUAUCCAUGGUGGCGUUCAUCAAACAGAAGUCGGCCCCUGUUAAAUACUGUGCCUUCACCAGCCCUCCCAGGAACAACAGCUCAGUCCUCCUGGUCCUGCUGGGGGCCUCCGGCCUGCUGGCCGCGGCCCUCGUUGGGUUCCUGGUCCUCCGCCGCCGCCUCCAGGCUGGGCCGCACGCCCCCGGGACCCGGGACCCCGAGGGGUCUCUCAGCCCUCUCUGUGAUGACGGAGCCCAGUGAAGCCUCCUCUUCAUGUCUGGCCCUCACUGAGGGACCAAUGGGCAGAAGAAGAAGGAUAAAAUAAAAGGACCUCUGUCCAUUUAUUUUAUUUUAUAUUAUAUUUUAAUGUUAAUUGACUCUUUCAACAUUUGUAUAACUGUAUCCAUUUACUAAUAAGCUGUGAGCCACUAUAAAUCAGUAAAGUACAUCUUCUAGAUCCAUUACGUUUCUUUCUGUUUGUUUACUGUCAUAAUAAACAAACUGAUAAUAUUUAAAUCAAGGUUUCCAUUCAGCUUAUCUAUGCCAUGUGUUUAUUUCAGAUAUAUAAUGACUUGAGUUCCUUUAAGUCAUGAGUAUGAAUGCAGUUAAACAUGUUGGAAGAUACAUCGGCUGGAAGCUCUCCUCGAUUUCCUAGAAGCAGUUGAUUACUGUACACAGUUUGGCUUUCCACAGGC